CGCGAGCGCGGGGCCCGGCCGGGUCACCCCGGGCCGGCCGGGGCCCUCGGCCCAGACCCGGCCGCCACCCAUCUGAGCAAGAGGGGCGUGCUGCUGUGCUCCAGUUGCUGGGCCUCUCGGGGUGUCUGGAACCCCGUCUUUGGGCUCCGCCCCAGUGCCCCACCUCCUCCUGAGGAGGGAAAAGGCGGCUGCCAGGCACCGGCACUGGGCCCGGAGCUGGAGGACUGGGAGGACAGAGUGCUCCUGCUGCCGCCGUCACCGCAGGUGGUGCCCUCCUUCCCUAGCAUCCAUAUCGGUGUCUCUGCCCGUACCCCGAGCUUGGACCAUGGACCCCCAUGAGAUGGUCGUCAAGAACCCCUACACGCACAUCAGCAUCCCCCGGGCUCAGCUACGGCCUGACCUGGGGCAGCAGUUAGAGGAGGCCCCCUCCUCGUCAUCCUCUGAGAGGCAGCCUCUGCCCUCUGGGUGCCGCGCCCUAGAACCAGCCCGCCUCCUGCAGCCCACCGAGGCUCCACAGCCCAAGGGGGCCAAGGGGGCCGAGGGGGCUGAGGGGGCUGUCCCUGACCAGAGUCCGCUGGCCUGGCAGCAGCCCUGCAAGCCCUCCAGCAGCAGCCGGCGCCCGGCAGGACUGACCUACGCCGGCGCGCCCCCCGUGGGCCGCGGCGACGACAUUGCACACCACUGCUGCUGCUGCCCUUGCUGUUCCUGCUGCCACUGCCCGAGGUUCUGCCGCUGCCACAGCUGCCGCUGUGUCGUCUCCUAGCCCGCCCACUCACGCGGACCCAGGCCUCUGCUCAGGGGUCCAGGUGUGCGGGACACGAGGAGCAGACACUGCCAUGGGUGCCGUCCACUUCCCAACUUCCCGUCCCCCGCCAUGGGACGUCUGUGCAGCUGAAGGCUGGGGCCUGCCUGGGGCCCUUGAACCACAGUCCCAGAUACUGUCCAUGGUAGGGCCAUGGAUGCCCCUGAGCACACCUUCAGGGUCUAGGCAAUAAAGCCGGGUGAGCUUGG